UGUACGUAUGUGUGUGUGAGUGUGUAUGUGAGUGAGUACCGAGUAGUAGUGAGGGUGCUGGAUGUGUGGUGGUGGAGCUGCUGCCGCUGUGCUCGCGCGUCGUGUCACUGUGAACAGGUUACACCGGUGAUCGUACAAGGUGCUCCACAGGUGCCAGCAUGGGAAGCCAGACCAACAAACAUGACGGGGAGCAAGUGCGGGUUUGGUGUGACGGCUGUUAUGAUAUGGUCCACUUUGGUCAUGCAAACUCACUGCGCCAGGCAAAGGCGAUGGGGGACUAUCUCAUUGUUGGGGUGCACACAGAUGAGGAAAUCACCAAGCACAAAGGGCCACCUGUCUUCACACAGGAAGAGAGGUACAAGAUGGUGCGAGCCAUUAAGUGGGUGGACGAGGUGAUAGAAGGAGUGCCUUAUGUCACCACCAUUGAAACUCUUGACCAAUACAACUGUAAUUUUUGUGUUCAUGGAGAUGACAUCACCAUGACAGCAGAUGGCGUAGACACCUACCACAUUGUCAAGGCUGCCAAGAGAUACAAAGAAUGCAGGAGGACUGAGGGCGUGAGCACUACAGACCUGGUGGGCCGCAUGCUGCUGAUGACUCGCCAGCACCAACAGGUUGGGGAAGCAGAAUAUCUGGUGGAAAGAGGGCACUCUGACAGCCUGGGCACCGACGCCAGUGCUCGCUCUCCCUGGACAGGUGUGACACAGUUUCUUCCUACCACCCAGAAAAUCAUCCAGUUUUCAUCAGGCCUCACACCAAAGCCAGGAGACAAGAUAGUAUAUGUGGCAGGGGCAUUUGACCUCUUCCAUGUGGGGCACCUGGAUUUCCUGGAGAAGGCACGGCAGGAGGGAGACUUCCUGGUGGUGGGGCUUCAUACAGAUCCAGUGGUGAAUCGCUACAAGGGUGCCAACUAUCCCAUCAUGAAUCUCCAUGAAAGAGUUCUCUCAGUACUUGCCUGUAAGUAUGUGAGUGAGGUGGUCAUUGGGGCACCAUACUCAGUGACCUCUGACCUCAUGGACCAGCUGAAAGUGGAUCUAGUUUGCCAUGGCAUGUCUGAGAUUAUGCCUGAUGCUGAUGGUUCAGACCCAUACCUAGAGGCCAAGAAAAGAGACAAAUUUAAGCUACUGGAUUCUGGCAAUGACAUGACAACUCAGAGAAUAGUGGAGAGGAUCAUUGAACACAGGCUGGACUAUGAAGUGCGUAACAAGAAGAAGGAGAAAAAGGAGAAAGCUGCCUUUGCUGCGUACAUGAAGGCCAAGGAAGAGGGCCGCCUCAACAUUGACCAGAUAUGUGUGGAGUAACACAGUGGCUUGCUACACUGCAGCUCACUGAGAGAUUACAUGAUCAAGUCCUUUGUACCAUAACUAUCAGAAAGUAACAUUCAUCUAUUUAGAGCCUACAAAGAAAUUUUGUAAGUUAACAAAUAUUCUCUCCCAUGCCCUGCCAUCCUUGCCAACCUUUAUAGUUGUCGAAGAACUGUUGAAGUUUUCGUGAACACCGAGAUGCUUCUGUGGUAAGGCAUUGCAGAGUACUGUUAUGUUUGUCACUCCUGUCUCAGUUAGAAAUAUUUUAUUGCUUUUUGUAUAUUAUGUUUUAUUUGUGAGAUGAUGGCAUUUGUUUUGCAGUUAAGCUUUUGCAUCAUUGCUAAUGCUAUCCCUGUGCAGGUUGAGGUCUGGCAGGGCAGUCAUUGGCCAGUAUGAUUACUAUAUUUGUCAGCGCAUUAGAUGCACUUCUCUUAAAAAUAUGUAUCAAAUAUAUACUGUGCAUGUAAUCUGGCCAUAGCACAGAUGUCUAGGCCUGUAAGCCUUUGUCUGUAGGUGUGGAGUUGAAGCAGUAAUACAUUAAGCACAAAUAUUGUUACCACCAAUAAAAUCUCUCUCUCUCUCUCUCUCUCUCUCUCUCUCUCUCUCUCUCUCUCUCUCUCUCUCUCUCUCUCUCUCUCUCUCUCUCUCUCUCUC